AUGCAGUCCUCGCGUACUCGGCUGAUAUGUCGCGCUCAUAACCGCUUCACGCCCUCGAUCGUUCUAUGGCAGCAUUUCGUCGCACCCAACCCGCCUAUCCUCAAUAAUCAGCAGCGCCUUUCGUCCUCGGCAACGGGAACCACAGGAGCCUCACAAGGUCGCGCUACCGACAAUGGCCUAACUCUUGAUCCUCACGAAACGAGCAGUCUCCAACAAUUCGAAAGCGAGAUAGCAGCAUCAGAAGACAUUACUCUGAGGCCAGCUCCAACAAUCAGAAAAACGCCCACUGCCAGGGGCCAUUGGUUUGAAACCAAGGUGGAAGCGUCAAUUGCCAAAAACGUUCGAACGAAGUAUGACAGUCGGCAAGCCUCGCUCAACGCGUCCGAGGAGCUGCUAGCUUCUGCAAGAGCUGCCUUCGAGCUGUCUUCAGAUUACGAGGGUAUUGUUGUCCAACCUAUGGCAAGUCGUAAGGCUAUCAAAGAAAGUAGUCUGCCAUGGUGUCUCAAGGACGAAGAGAGGACCAUGUCCGGGAUUGACAGACUUGCUAUUGAAAUUGAAAGAUUUUACGAAUUUGCAAGGCCAACCCGGUAUGAAAACGUCGCACGGAAACACGUCAUCAAACAGGUGCAAAGCCAUGUUCGACAAUUCCUUCCAGACCACGUACUCGAAGUGUUCGGCUCAGAAAGGACUGGCAUACCCCUCGCUAUGUCAGACAUUGAUUUUCGGUUGAUAUGGCGGUCCAGGGUGACAGACCCUGCGCAGGCUAAGUUGCCACCGACGCGCAGUGAGCGAUCAGAGGCAAUGAAAGACCUGCGGGAAUUAUACUGGACCAACUUGAGGAGACACAAAGCAUACUUGUUACCUAAGCUCCGCUACGCGCGGUAUCCGCUCAUCUCGAUGCAGGAUCGACAGUCAGGGUUGGACGUACAGAUCGUGUUGUCGAAUGAUACCUCUAUAUCGAGAGUGAUCAUGCAUGACUACAUGGAGCAGUAUCCCUAUUUGCGUCCGGUAUACUAUGUCGUCAAGACCAUGUUUGACGUCCGUGGGCUCUCGGACGUCUUUCGGGGUGGCUUUGGCUCAUACUCGCUCUUCAUGAUGAUUGUAGCCAGUGUACGGCACAAGCCAAACCCACGAAACGAUACCGCAGGAGCCUUGAUCAAUUUUCUAUCAUUCUGGCGCGACUUCGACACAAGGAAACAAGGCAUCUCCAUCGAACCACCCGAGUUUUUCGACAAAGACUCGGACCUGUUCAUCACCGACGAAGUCAAAUCCAAGAUCAAGGCAGGGACGGUCAAUGACCUACCUUCGUAUAUGCUCUCCCUCCGCGACCCCGCCGACGAAACCAACAAUUUAGGUCGUAGAGGUAUUGCCAUAAAACAUGUCCAAGCCACUUUCAGCUUGCUCCUUCGACGGUUGAGAGCUGACAUGAAAGCCAACCAACGCCCUUCCCUCCUAUGCCCGCUAGUCGGCCACUCAUACAUGCUUGACUAUGAACGCCGCGGCAGGUUGCAGGAUUACGGGAGGAAAGUGAUGAGACAGACGCAGGCGGGUCUUGCCGUAAAAGCAAAGGCGAUAAGGGAUGCAGAGGAUAAGGAGACGACGGAGAAGGAGGCAAUGGACAAGGAGACGAUGGGCAUGGCCGUAGAACAGGAGAUGAAAGAGGAGGAAGAAACGCUAAGAUUGGCGAGGGAGGAGAGGGAUAGAGAGUGGCAGCGCUUGGCAAAGGCGAGAGACGAGCGCUUGAGGCUAAAAGCGGAGAGUUUGAGUUUGCUGGAACAUGGGGAGGCUACAGCCAAUAUCUUGGACAUACCCGCAGUGGAAGAGGAUGCGAGCACCAAAACUAUGGGUGCACAAGACGAAGGACAGUCUAGACCAAAUCAGCCGGCUGAAGUAACCAUAGAGUCGAAAAGCUCAUAA